CGACGUGGUCAAAUGUGAAGACAACACAAAGACACUGAAUACUAUGCGUCGCAGUGGGCGAGCACGCUUUGCCCCGAAGGCGAAAUCACCGGGAGCAACGCUUAAGGAAGAGUACGACAGUGCAACUGAGUCGGCAAUGUCUUCAUCGGAGAGCGAAAGUGAAAGCGAAUCGGGCUCAGAUACCGACUCGGAUAGCUCGAGCGAGGAUACUUCCUCAUCAUCUGAAGAGGAGGGUGAUGCGCAUGCCAUUUGCGGCGUUUGCCAGCGUGAGCAGAAUCGCAAUAUGAAAAACCUGCCCGAGGUCUUUAUACGAUGCUACACAUGUCAGCGCAGAGUGCAUCCGAGUUGCAUUGAAAUGCCGCAUCGCAUGGUUGCGCGGGUGCGCAACUACAACUGGCAAUGUGUUGACUGCAAAUGCUGCAUCAAAUGUAGAGGAAAGAAGGAUCAGAACAAAAUGCUGUUCUGCGAGCAGUGCGAUCGGGGCUUUCACAUUUACUGCCUGGGCAUCAAAGCCGUCACAGAUAGUCGCUGGAGUUGUGAACGUUGCAGUGUUUGCAUGCGUUGUGGCGCCACAAAGCCAGAGGGUUUGCCACAACAACAAACCCAGAUAUCGCCGAAUGGCGAGAAGGUCAAGCAGAUCAAGCACAAGAAGGUCAAAUGGAUUAACGAGUAUCGAAUAGAUCACAUCACGAAACUGCGUGAGCAUUGCUCCAUGUUGUGUGUACCAUGCGGGCGCGCAAAAGGUGCGAAGCGCGUGCAAAUAGCCAGCCCAUGCGUUAGCGGCACAACAGCGACGGCUGCUUCUAAUCUGCCAUCACCCCCCGCCACGGCGCAACAAAAGCAGCCAGCGAAAACAUUAUCGCAAAAUCAAACAACGACCAACGCAGCCGCAGAAGCUGCAAAUGCGAGUGUUGGAGCCGCCAGCAAAGCCGCUGCCUCUGCUGCAUCUGCAAUGAACAAAACCAGCGCUGCCGGCACGCUGCCACCGCCGCCGCCGCCCGUUGUUGCCUGAGUGGGGGUGAUACGUUACUGCCCCAAGCGUAGUAGCCUAAACGCCAAUAUGUAGUAGCAGCAAUAAGAAAAGGUCGCGUGAUAUGCUGGCGCACGCGUGAGCUGCACUGUAUCACAGCGAGGAGCUUUGGAUGUGUGAGAUGAGAAUGCAACUUCAAAUUUUGCUAAAACAUUCGCAAGUCCGAAGCAGAAAUUUACAUUUUGAUUAAAGUUUAAGGAAAAAUACGGUUUUUAAUGCGCAUAGAGCAUAUUAUUGCAUAGUUUACGACAAACUUGACGCCUUUUCAUAAAACUUAACACUUAGUUUAGCAUUUAAUAACAACAAAAGAUAAUUUGUAAUUUUUUUUUAAAUUAAGUUAAAUGUUCAGUUUCGUUUAAUAAACCAUAUUUAAUUAUAAGCUCAAUUUAUGGAAUAUACGCGCGAUUCACCUACGGUAAAAUGUUAGGCCUAAACUAAAGGGUUAAUUUAUCCAAUGUAUUAUAGUGCAAACAAAGAAAAAAUAAUAUUAAAGAAGGGAAAUGUUUCCGUACAUAACUACAAUAAUAAAAAUGAGAAAUUUAAAACUAAAAUAAUAUAACAAAAUAUUUGCCGCAUGCAAACACAAUCAUGUCUAUAUAAAAUGUCAAAUAAUGCACAUAAGAGUUGAUUUAAGUCUUAAGUAAAGCAUCAAAAGCAAAAAAUUUAAGCUAAAAUAAAAAUCUAACAAAAUGUAUCAAAAAUAUUUAACUAAAUAAUGUGUAAAGUUCUCUUUGUAUACAACAUUGUAAACUAUUUGAUGUUGCAAAAACUUAUAGACAAGAAGAGUUUAAAGAGAAAAGAAGAAAGCAACCAUGAGCUGAUCAGCGAAAACUGCUCAAAGCGCUGAAGUGGCAUUUUUCGGGAGAUGGAAUUCGAGUAGGCCUUCACUGGCUUCAAAUACCAUAUUGUAAACUUAUUUUUUACCGUAAUUUUCUCAAGUAAGGUUUUUAAAACAUGAGAAAAGCGCUUUUUACUACGUGCAUUCUUGAGCAGCUAAUUGGAAUAAUUUGUAAACUGUUAUUAAGUUUUUUAAUAUUCAUGAAAUGCUUUAUUUUUUCUCAUUUUUUAUCCAAUGACAUAAUUUCCUGCUGCUGCAAUGUUUUGAAUGCUUCUUAAGAGCAUGUCAGACGAGGCAAUAUUUCUAACUUUUCCAUGCAAUUCACUGUUAAAUUGAGAGAAAGAAAUUUUAUUUCCGACCUUUCUGACACUUUGCGGGAAAUAAGUUUCAGAAAUUAAUGUUGCAAGGUGUGACUGCAGCUCAAAGUGCGCCAAUCGAUUUCGCAAAUAUAUUUCAACUUGCUCGUGCUGUACUAGCAAUUUUUAGUUCUGCUGACUGCUGCAAGUGCUAUCAAACUAAUCGAGUGUUACCUUGUAACACUGAUCGUGAGUUUGUGGGAAAUAAUAACGGAUAAUUUAAAUAAAAUAACAAAUGCGUUUAAAAAAUUAUUUUGCGGUAUUUAAUUAUUUAGCUAUAAAUAAUAAACUAAUCUUCAAAUUGAAAGUAAAGUUUAAGAAAGAGAAAUAGCAAAUAACUAGCCAAGCGGCUCACGGUUGCAUUUUAGUGCCGAGAAAGAUUUCCAGAUUCAUUCGCUAUGUGAACAUCCAAAAAUAGGUUUAAGAAAUUUUUCCGGCGACUCGCCUUUCGGCAAUAAAAAACUCCUUUCGAAAGCUACUUUACAUCCAAGGUGCGACUGCUCAUGCAACUGUAAUUUGUAAAUUUCUCAAUUUGACAGUGUUUUCGAAAUAUCUUGCAUUGUCACGUCUGACACGCUCUUUAUUUACAUGCUAAGCAUUUAGUGUUUUCUAAAUAUGGGCAUCUAAUUAUUUCAAGAUUUCGCAUUAUCUUGAAGCACUUUCGAAAUGCCACUACUUUUGUCUGCGAUUAUAAGGUUUGCGACCAGGUAUGUAAAUUUAGGAGUACUUCACAGUUUCAGGCUUGUUUUCAAAGCAGAAUAUAGUAAAUAAAUUAAUAAAACGCGUACAUAUACAUAUGUAUAUGUAUAUAAAUAUAUAUAUAUAUAUUUAGAUUCUCUCAUGGAUCCUGUAUACUUUAUUAUUUUUUAAAAAUUAGUUUUUAAAUACCAACUAAGCAUAAAGAAGCAAACGAAUACAUAAGUCUAUGACAGAGAAGCGCACUGCCCGACUCUACACGCCCUCCCGCAUCACGCAGUAGUUGUGGCCCAUCGGCAGCGGCAUGCGCUCUUAUUAUUAAUUAACUGUAAUAAAGUAAUUCAUUUACCCAAAUAAAUGCUAUGAUGAUACUAUAUUAAUGAUAUGACGAUAAUUAUAAUAAAAAUAAAAUACGCAGUUA